CAAGUACAACACAACAAGACAAAACUACCCAUCGCUAAGGAAAUUCAAUUUCAGAAAUAGAUAAUAGAUAGUUGGAGUGACAAAUGUUUAAACCUUAAACACAAAUGAAAAGUGAAGCGUGGUAAAAUGUCGAAGAACAAGAACAAGAAAGAUGAAACAGCGCUUGAGUUGGACGCCAUCUUAAGUGAACCCACAACAAACUCGCAUAGGCUUGUCGCAUUCUUGCAGCGCAAGGCAGCGGAAGCCGAAAAGUCCAGGCCCCACCUCGUCUUUGGGAACGUCUCCUAUAACCUGGAUUUUGAUGUUCCGCUCGUAAAGAAGCCUCAAAAAGGUACACAGGAGAAACCAUUGAAACCUUUGCAAGAGUUGGGUGAAGCCAAUGCGAGCAGCAUUGUUGCAGCAGCGUCAGCGCCCCCCGCCUCAGACGUGCCACAGUCGCCACCCAACUUGGCAUCGCAUGAGAAUGUGCCGCCGCGUUCAGCCAGACAUUCGCCUUCACCCACCCAUCGGCGUCCUUCCACACGUAGUGGCACUGGCGGCCGUGUUCCUGGCUCUGAUAAGCUGCGUCGGCAUGCUAUUCAGAGGCGCUCGCGGAGCUGCGGGCGUCGUCAACUCUUGCAGGACUUUGAAGACGCAGCUAAUCUGACUCGGAGCUCCUCAAGCCCAUUUCCCUUUGUGCCAGAAGUAAACAGCACUCCAAACUGCUCUGACAAAGCUCCUGAGAAUCGACCAGCGGCACAGACACAGCCACAGCCACAGCCAGAGCCACAGCCAGUGGUGCGUGUGAGAAGACUUCAGAAUAAUUCCACAAGCCGUCUGCACCAAUCUGAACGGGAAUCGGCACCGGUGGAGGAUUCUUUUGUACCGGAAACACAGCCCCAGCAGUCUCAGGAGCAUGCGGAAAUGGUGCAAAAUCUAUCGAGGAGUAGCAACGUGCUAGUUAUGCCAAUGGGUGUGGCCUUUGGUCCCAAGCCCGAUGCAGCAGAGCCUUUGCCACAACCACAUUCGCCAGCAGCAUCAGCCACAGAAGCAGCAGCAGCAGCAGAAGAUGGGGCAGCAGCAACUCCAACAGUAUCUGCUGGUAGUCCGAAAUCGUGUGCUGCUGGUACUCCCGAAUCAUCAAAGUCGAAGCCAGUUUCCCAUAACAAAACACCUGAGGUUGUUGUGGACUUGGACGCAAUCCUGACCGACGAUGAGUGCGACGAACAGCCAAGCGGCUGUGCGUUGAACCUGGCGCCGGCCGGUGUUAACACCAGCAGGCAGAGUCGAAGCCGCACGCGACACAAUCGAAAGCCCAUCGAGAACAAUGACCAGGACAGUUCCAUCAAGCUGCUUGACCUUCACCGCUCCAAUGCAGCAAGCAAGACGAAGCGCAAGGGCGCCAAUGCUCCCAUCUUGAAUAAGGCGCCCUGUACCGCAAUCAAUGGUGAGGCGUUUGCCAAGGAGCUGGAGCGCAUGAGCAACCACGAGAUUCUUGAUUUGCGUAAGCGAAACUCCCUCGGCAGGGUCUAUCCGCUGAAUGGGAAAAGGAAGCACAGUGCCGAGCAGCAAAAGGCUCUGGAGCAGCAGAUUCAGUGGGAGCUGCUGCAAAGGAAUCUGGAAGUUGAAACGGAAACAGACAAAGAGCGCGAACAAAUGGAUUACAGUGAGGAGGUUAUGGCAAUGCCUCCGCCAGCACCCGUCGCCUUUAAAGACAAUUCCCAACGAGAGCGCCGCGGGCAUUCAAACGAGCGGCAGAACGUUCGCAAACGUUCCAGACGUCGAGAGGCUCCAAUGGCAGCAGAGCUGCUCAACUACAUGGAGCUCACAAAAACCAUGGAGUUGCGUCGAAAACCAUCGUGCGACUCGUCCAAACGCAGCCUUUACACCAAGGGUGACUCGUUCCGAGAAGAUGUCGACUCGGUGUCGCCGGAGAAGCAGCCAAGGCUCAGUCCAAGCCACCUUGGGCCCACUCUUGGUCGUGCCAGGAGCAAGGAAAGCCAUGUCGUUGAGGAGGACAUUUUCAUUGUACCACCGCCGCCUCGUUCACUACGAUAUUCGCAAUGUGUGCGGGAUUUCAAUGGGGUCAGGGCAGCCCCGCAGGAUUCGAACGUGGAAGACCCUCCCCUCGGCCAUUUGAAGGGGCACAAUAAUAAUUUAAACGAAAUUGCCGCCCCUCCACCAGAGUUUAAUGACAAUAAUGACAAUGAAGUGGAUGGGGCAGAUUGCUCUGCCUCGAGAAAUGCCCAAAAUCGGCUCUCCAAAUCUCCACUUCCUCCAUUUGAUGACCAGUCAGAUCGGACAGCCAAUGGGGUUAGACGGAAUAGACAGAGCAGACAGCUACCCACCCCAGCGAAAAAUAAGACAACGGACAUGCACGGGGAAGACCUGGCCAUCGUUUCAUCUUCCGUGCCAGGCUCCACUUCCGUGACAGAUGAUCAGCCCAGCACGAGUCGGGCCACACUGGACACGCUGGUACGUAGAGCCAAUGAGCCUGCGCCUGAGCCUGAGCCCGAGGCUGCUGCCAGACCCGCCGUGGAGGAGGAAGCGGUGGUGUUUAAGAAACCCAUGGCGAGGGCACCGCGUGCAAAGUCCAAGGCAAAAUCAAAGGCAAAAAGGGAGCUGGCAAACCUAAAGGUCUCUUACAUACAGGACGAGGUGGAAGUGGACCUCAAUGGGGCCGGCAAUCGGCGGUCAAAGCGUGCGCAGGUACCACUGAAGAACACUUGGUGCCAUACCAUGGAUCCCAUGAAGUUUGAAUGGUUUCGCGAAUCGGUGGAUCCCUAUGAUAAGAAAAAGCCAAACCGUCGUCGAAGCAGUCCAAUAUAUCGACACUGUCCAAAGUGUCCUUGCAAAAGGCCCCCGCUGUGCAGCAGCACGCCGAGACUUCCAGGCGAGCCCCUCCAUGCCGCUACAGAAACUGUCGAGCCUGCAGAACCUUCGGAUUGCAGUUCCCUGGGACUCGCGCCUCUGCGGUGGGAAGAUAACGAGCGAAUGGAGCAAGUGGAAAGCAGCGAUGCCCGAAAACAAACCAACAAACGUGGACGAACCAAAAAAAAAAGGGAAGAGUUUGCAGCGGCUGCCUCAAUGCCUCCUACUCCUGUCAUGGAAACACAAACUGAAACGGAGCCGCAGCCCGAUUCCGAUCCCGAUCCAACAGCACAAAUAAAUGCAAAGCAAACCAAGAAACGUGGACGAACCAAAAAAAAAAGGGAAGAGUCUGCAGCGGCUGCCUCAAUGCCUCUAACUUCUGUCAUGGAAACACAAGCUGAAACUCAGCCACAACCCGAUUCCGCUCCCGAUCCAAUAGCACCGCUAAAUGAUCCGUCACCAAGUCGCAGCAGCUCGGAUGAGCACCAGGCUGCUUGCAUGCAACUCAUGAGCUGGCUGCGAGGCCAAAGUAGCAAUCAGCCAAGCUUCAAUAUGGAAGACUGCAGCGGGAGCCGGGUGGGAAAUUCAGUCUCUGUUGCUAGUGAAUUAGUUUUCAACAACUUGGAUGACAUGGAGUACGCUUUCUACAAAACCAAGGAGAAGGCGACGCUGGGAUAUAUGCGCUUCCAGCCGCUGCAGCGUCGUAAAAAGAAACUGGUUAAGAACGUUUCCCUGAAAUUUGUUGUUUUCUUUGGACAAUUUGCCUUGGAUUGCACCGUUCCGGAUGUGGCGGAAGAUGAUCGCCGCAUAUUGAACAUCGGUGACAUGGCUGAGAUCGAGAAAGGCACCCGCUUUGGUUUUUCCAAUUUACUGAACGAAGUGAGUGUGCUGAUGUUUAUCCGCCAAUAGACUUUCACAUGUUACUUUUAAUAGAAAUAUAUAUUUUGUAAUGUAUAAUGUUAAUAAUGCGACUGUGUUGCUACCGUUUUCGAUGAAAAGUUCGCCAUGGCUUUCAUGGAAAUAUAAUUUGUAAUAAUACGGCUGACUCUGACCAAAUGCACAGCUCGAAUUCCUUUGUAUAUAAAAGCUAUUUUCAGCUUAAAAUAUAUUUAAUACUUCUUUCUCA